UAAAACAAGAAUUGACCGGAAAGAGACGUAGCGUGGUGUUUCGAUCUCAACAUUGGGGAACCGACGUUUGGCGCGUUGUGGUUGUACUUUGGCAUGCUUACACUGAACCAAAGCGGGGCUUCUAUUUAAUAUCUUAAACAAUGCUGCAUUCGGCUGUGUACAUUGCUAUCUUAAUUCUAGCAAGCUUAAAUUUCUAUACUGAGUGCGGGAGAUCAAAUCGGACUUUAUGUCCGAAAGAAAUGAAUGUGUUCCUCGCCAACCAAAGCAAAGCCAACGCAUCUGCCGAUAUGUGGCCCAAUAUAUGCUCCAAUGAUACUGGCUGUUGCAAUAAAACGACUAGGAAUAAACUACGAACACAAAUUACCACGAGCGUACUUAAUCUUAUACAAGAACGAAAUGAGAACCUAAGAAGGCGACUUAAAUAUGUUUAUGACGAUUUAGAAGUUGUUAUUCAUGGUGUCUUGAAUGAAUCAUCCGCAAACAUUGCCGACUCUCUGCAGUUUCAAGUCAAUAGAAAUCUUGCUCAUUUCAUCAAGCCACAUCUCCUUGGUCUGUUUGACAAACUGAGAACCUCUUUGAGCAGUAGGGAGAUAAAAGCUCAAAACAUAACUGAAGAGCUUUUCCGAAAUAUCUAUCCCAUUGUUUACCAACACACAGUUGCUCGGAAAGAACUUCCAGAAGACUUCGCUGUUUGUCUCAAAGAUUAUUACGACGUUAUCGACCCAUUUAAAAACGUACCGUUCAAACUUAGAUUACUUAUUAUGAAUAAGUUUGGAUUGGUGCAACAAUUUUUACAUAAUUACAAAAUCAUCGGCCACGUUAUGGACGUCUUAGAUCGUAUUCAGCUAUCUGAGAAUUGUAUCACGGGACUGAUCUUAAUGAGACAUUGUCCUCUGUGCUCUAGUCUUCAUGAUGUGGAAACUUGUGGAAAAUACUGUCGAGAAGUUAUGGUAUCGUGUCUGAAGCCUUACAACGAAUUGGAAAAUGUGUGGAGCGAUUUCAUUAACAAGUUUAAAAUUCGCCAAAGAUACCUGGCAAAAUCUUUGGAUGCAUCAGCAUUGUUUUCAAAGUUACAGGAAAUAUUGUCAGAAGCAGUAUCACAUGCAAGCCAUGUGAAUGUUAAACAUAGGGUUACAAAACACUGCCAUAACAUAACAGAAUACAGGGCCAAUGCAAUUGUAAGUCUUAAAUCGCCUAAAAAGAAAACAGAAUGGUCAAAUGAUGACCUUUAUUUGACGAACGAUGAUCAAAAACCGUAUCAAGAUCUUCUUACGUCCAAAGAUAUUGGAAAACGGUUGAUAUUUCUCCGAAAUAAUUUGACCGAGUUCGAAAAAUUUCUCAGGUUUUUCCACUUCGCUAUUUGUACAAAAAUGGAGGUCUGUUUGCAUCAUCGUCCGAAAAGAAGUGCUGGAUUACCGCAAUUGAUAGUGAUCACCAUUUGAAACCAGUAAAUAAUUACCCAAUGGAAAAUGAUGUUUUGCAACUUUUGGGGAAAGUACUUGACCGUCAGAAGAGCACGUUUCGUCCCCCAGCUACUAAAGCAAGUGGUUAUGGUAGUGGGGUUGAUACUGGUUCUGGUUCUGGAGACCACAAUAUUUAUGCCGAACCAAGCGGUGAGUCGGGAUGUGGUGAUGACGAAGAAUGCGGAUCAAGUGACGAUGACAAUGUGUCGUCCUUUAGUACGCCGGACGAUGAAGAAUUUACAACAGAAGCUGUAAUUGCUCCAACGAGUUUUUCAAAACCAAGUGAAUCGUGCUCACUUGUCAUUCUUGCAAUCCACAUUACACUUUGCUAUAUCUUUGCCACGCAUUGAUUGUGUUGUCGUUGUCAGAUAGAAUUUUUGUGACAAUAUCAUGCUUUAGUUGUCAUUCAUGUCGCGUUCGUACAGUAUUCCAUUUCCAUUAGAUUAAGUUAUAGCGUUACCUUGGAAAAUCGUGAAAGUUUUCCACAUAACUGAAAGCGAAUUAUUACUAUUUCAACUUAGAAUGACAGAUACCGGUGUUUUUUAGGUGAGCUGGUUAUUUUAUGGCUUUCAAAGGCAAGCGACAAUGUUUCAUGUUACCAGUAAGAGUGUCGUAAAGUUUUAUUUUUUACAAAAGACAACUGAUGUGUGUUAAGGUCAUGCAACUGGUUGAUUUAAAAUCAAUAACAUUUUAAUGAUUUACUUUGCAUUAACAUUAUAAAGGAAUUUCCUAAAAUAGAAGUUCCUUCAGAGAUAUCAGUCGUUAUUCCUAAUUUAAACAACUUCUGGCGGCCAAGUUUAACCUUUUCCUAUAGCUCUCUAACUUUUUAUUGGGCAAAUGAUUUCUUUGUUACCGGUAAAUCGUGCUUGUGCAGACCAUCCUCUAUAUUGUGACUAAAAUAGAGCGCAUGUAUUUAUGAACAUAUUUACAUGAAAUGUGGAACACUUUCAUUUAUAUAUUAUAUUUUUAUAUCAUCUGUACAUAGCUAGUUACAUGAAAUAGCAAACUUCACUUAUGUAUCAAUAAAAAACUAGAGAAUGAAAGCACGUUGUUAGAAGGAAAGUAGGGGAAUUUGAAAGGCCCAUUUAUAUUAUCUCAAACCAGAAAUCGUUGGUUGAGCGAUGUGUGAGCUUGGAAAAUUAUGACGAAAAAUAAUGCCACGCAACCCAAAGUAAAAUAUUUUUGACUUCAAUCUUUGUAAAUCAAAUAGUUCAAUUUCCAGAAUUAAAAGAUAACACAAACACGCA